AUGCCGCAGGAUCCCCAGAGUGGCGCUUGGGAGUACUUCUUCCCCUCCAUCGAGAACAUCGCUGGCCCCACCCUCAAUGUCGCCGAAGAAGAUGCCCUCUCCAAGGUUCAGGCCAAGGUCUUCCAUGAAAAGCCCGCCAGGGUUGUUCACGAGGACCAGGUUAUCACGCCUCAGAAGGAUCUUCGUGUUCCUGAGCCUGAGCCUGAGCCUGAGCCCAAGCCCGAGCCUGAGCCCGAGCCUGUUCCUGUGCUUGAGGAAAUGAUGGAGACCCCUCCGCCCAAGGGCACCAAGAUCAAGCAACAGAUGCCGAGUUCUAUGAAGCAUUCCGUCAAUCUGCAGCAGAUAUUUGCUAAUCUCAAUGAUCAUUUUCUCAAGGCUUCCGAGAGUGCUCAUGUUGUUUCCAAGUUGCUUGAGGCUACGCGCUUGCACUAUCACUCCAAUUUUGCGGAUAAUAGAGUAUUCAAAUGCCUUUUCCUAAACUAUUACUUAUCAAACUUUCUGUGGGUGCCUAUCAUAAUGCGCAAUGAGAGUGAACAAGCAAGGGAAUGGAGUCAAGUUUUUAGUGAAGAUACAAAAAAGCAAUCGAUUCCAGUCAUAGUAGCUUGGCAAUUGAAUGAAAGAAUGUACGGGGAACUACAGGGUCUCAAUAAGCAAGAAACAGCAGACAAAUAUGGGAAAGAACAAGUACAUGAGUGGCGUAGAAGUUAUGACACACCUCCCCCAAAUGGUGAAAGUUUGGAAAUGUGUGCUGAAAGAGCAGUUGCCUAUUUUAGAGACCAAAUUGAACCUCAACUUUUAUCCGGAAAGAAUAUUAUGAUUGCAGCCCAUGGAAAUUCCCUGAGAUCCAUUAUUAUGUAUCUUGACAAACUAACUUCCCAAGAGGUGAUUAGUUUAGAAUUGUCAACUGGAAUUCCAAUGCUUUAUAUUUUCAAAGAAGGAAGAUUCAUUAGAAGGGGGAGUCCAAUAGGACCAACUGAAGCUGGAGUUUAUGCCUACACUAGGCGUUUGGCUCUUUACAGGCAGAGGUUGGAUGAUAUGUUCUAAUAAUUUGAAGGUAAAUCACGUGUUGUUCCACGGUACAGUUAAGUUACAUAAGGGCAAAAACAAGAUGUUACCAGUUUUAUAGUUA